AUGAAAAACGCAAAUGGAAAUAUACGUUCCCUUGCGUGCAACGAGAAUGUAGAAGAAAAAAAAAAAAAAUGGCUAAGCACAAUUAAGGAAGACGAUUCGAUCCAUUUCAAAAAAGGGGUAGACAGCAAAAGCUUGAAAAAUGCAGCUCUGUCAUUUUUUAAAGAAAAAAAUAUCUACAAUGAGGAAAAUGUGGCCAUUUUAAAUGCCUUCUGUAAAGAAAAACUAGACGACCAUCUGGUAAAUGAGGAAAUUGUCGAAUUUCUGCAGAAGGCGUUUUUCCUGUAUGAAUAUUUUAUUAAGGAAAAAAAGAAUAGCAAAAUUGGCAAAAAGGAAUUCAUUGAAAAUGUAUGCGAUUGCUGCAGAAGAAUAUUUUUAAAAAAUAUUAUAAAAUAUGAAAAGGAAAUUUUAGAUUUUUUGCUGAAAAAUUUAAUCAACUUUAUUAACCAGCGUUCCUUCUUCGGCAUAUACCAGUCGCUAUACAACAUAUCGCAGUAUCAAAAUAAAAACUUCAGAAGGGCGAGCGAGUAUGCAGACGGGAAGUUCCAGUUGCUGCUUAACGUUGUGUGCAGGGAGGUAAGCGGGGGGAGUCUGCUCGUUAAUGAUAACAGGUUCAAUUUGGAUGCUCUGUUUCUGCCCGACGAGAAUGACGAGAAGGAGAUGAGGGAGUACCUUGCCGGAAUGGCGACGAGUGCACAGAGAGGGAGCGGGGCGAAGGGAAGCGGCAAGGAGGGAGAAGCUUCCGCGAAGGGAGAGGCAGCCGCGAAGGGGGGUGCGAAGCAGAGAAAAAAGGGCGCGCUGUUAAGAAGCAUAGACGGCGGGGGCCAGGCGGGAGAGACGGGAGAGGCGGGGGCACCAGGAUCGACCGCCGACAUGGAGUGCCUGGACAAAGAACUGAGUUGCUUCCACCUGUUCGUGUAUUUCCAGGCCUGUUUCGAAAACAUCAAUUUUUAUUUAAUAGAAAAAUUUAUCGAAAAUUACUACAUUAGCCAGGGCAAGGAGAACAUCUACAAGGAGCUAUUCCUCUUUUUGUUUUUAAUUUACAAAGAGAAGAUGCACAGCGUGGUGGAUGGCAUUUUGACCAACACGAUAAAUUAUUUAACCAAAGCAAAUGAUACAGAAGUGAGGAAAAAAAAAAAACUAUUAAAUGAGGAGGUGGAGGUGGUAGCCCAAAAAAUACACCUCACAGAUUAUCUGUUCUAUUUCGAAUUGCUUAUAAGUAUUAUCACCUUCAAAAAUUUUCAGUAUGAAAAUAAUUACGAAUACUACAUACAUAUGCUGAAGCUACUUUACGAAAAUGAUGAGUUGCAGGAAAUAUUCACAUCGUCUCUGUUUUUCGUUUUUAUUAGUGCCGAAGAUGGCGCUGUUAGAAAUAUGCUGCUAGCCAAUUUUUCAAAAUACCAUUCGAGAAAGCAUCCACUUUUGUCGAAAUUUUUUAUUCACCUAAAGAAUGUAUUUCGUUUUAUAUACGACCUGGACAGUGACCACUUAGUGUACAAUCACGCUACGUUUAGCGGUGCUCCUAUUGCCCCUUUUUUGCUCCACCCAGAAAGUGGGGAAAAAAAACAAGGAAAUUACAACAGUGGUUUGAAAGUGAAACAGGAGUACCUCCCCUUUGUGGCAAAUAAUAUACACAUAGACAAAUAUACGUGUGCAUUUUUUAAAGAAGCUUACUACAUCGUUAGCAGAAUCAACACGGAGUGCUUCUGCCAAGUGACAAAUUUAUUUUUACACAUUUAUGACCACAUCUUCAACAAGCUAAUAAACAUCAUUUAUGAAAAUGAAAUGAAUUUGAAUGACGAAUUUUUCCAAAUCUGCAAAAAUAUCCUCAGACCCUUUUUAUUUAUCUACGUUGAAUUGUUUGACAAUAUUUUGGAAAAAUUUAAAGAAAGAAUAUUUAAUGAACGCUUGAUGCUCUCCUUUGCUUUUAUUAAAAAAUAUCUUUUUAAAAGUCUCUAUGAGAAGGCCUUCCAGCAGAAGGAUCUCUUCUACGUCAUUUAUCAGUUUUAUUUUUUGCUCUACGCUCUCAAAUACAACUUUCGAAAUUUUCUAACUGCCUUCGUUAUGACCAAGCGGAAGGUGACGCACCAGCUGGAAUUAUUCCUCAAGCUUAAGCUUCAGAAUUGUACAAGUGUGAUCGGCAAACCGGUGCAUAGCGAUGGAGGGGGAAACGCUUUAGAAGACGCGCCGCAGGAAGAUGGCGAGCACAGCAGCGGUAGUAGUGAUGGGGACAGCGCGCAAGGGACGAAUAGGAAGAACCGCGACGGGGGUACCACAAAGGAGAAGCGUAAUAACCAAAAAAAAAGACACCCAUCAGGGGACCACCCAGAAAGUGAACAAUCCGGAAAGGACUCGGUAGAAAACCCAAAUGAGGAUUCGCUCCAAAUCGUGGAGCACAACCUGGAAAAACCGCAAAGCAAUCAGGAGAGGGAAAAAAACAACAUAAUAAAUUUCUUUCAGAAGAAUUAUUGGACACUGAAAUAUUUCGAGGCGAACACGGAGAAGAAGCUGGAUGAGUUUUGCUCCCCUGAUUUUAGCGUACCUUUGGUUAUGAAGGAGACGCCCAAGUUGAAGAAGCACAGCGUUGGCAGCAACCAGAGCGAUAAGAGGGCGAAGAGCGUUUGCGGCAGCCAGAGCGAUAAGAGAGGGAAGGGCGCUGGCGACGGGGGAAGCGCAGACGGGAAAGACGGGACCACCAGGGGGUACGACUCCACAAGGGAGCAAGACCAAAAAGGGAGAUUCGUGAAAAAGCUACACUCCUUCUUCGGAAGAAAAAAAGAAGUGGAUAAACUGAUCAAUGAGCUGUUUCUAAACAAUAAGGACAACGUGUAUAGCAAAAUUUUAAAAACCAAUUUGGCCAUAAUAAAAAAGCUGGGUAACAUCCGCAUGGAUGUGCUGUAUCCCAUUUUUAACGCCAGCCUGGUGUUCCUAUUUGACGACUUUUAUUUUUUCAUCAUACAGAAUAUAAAGCUAGUCAUUGAGGGAAAGGAGAAAAAACUAUCCAAUCAUAAAAUCUUCCUAAAUAUGUCCUUCAUUUUGCUGCACACCUUCGCCAAGGAUGUGAAGGUGGAGAAGUACCUCGUGUCCAUUUUUUACAUUUUAAGAUUAUCUCUAAAUAAGUUGAAGAAAAUUAAAAUAGUGGAGCAGCAAAAAAUACAGGGGAGUAACUCCAACGAAGUGUAUAAUAAAAAUACGAAGAAAUUUGAAGACAAUAUAAAAUAUUACAACCUUAGGAAGGAUAAGGAUGUGGUAAAGGCGAACACAUCAGGGGUGGAGGAAGAAAUUGAGAACGCGGAGGACUUGCAAUUCUCUGCUGAUGAAAGGGCCACUUCCACCCUGCGCAAAAUUGAAGAAAAGGUAAAACUCUAUCAGAACAUUUUUUAUAUUUUUUUAAAAUUGCUUCAAAACAUUUUGAAGGAGAACAAUUUGUACUACAAUUUUAAAUUCAUCAUUUAUGACAUUUUAUUUUGCGAGUUUUCCAACAAGGGAAUCGUCUUCUCGUGCAUGAAGUGCAUUUUGGACAGGGCCAAGCUGCAGGAGGUGUGCGCCUACAGUUUGGCGGUGCUCCGCGCGGGGGGCGCAGAUGAGGCGGAUGGCGCAGCGGAUGACGCGGCGGAUAAGGUGGCGGAUAAGGUGGCGGAUAAGGUGGCGGAUAACCUGACGGACAACCUGACUGACAACCUGACUGACGCGGCGGCUCGGCCAAACCUCAGCCACCUGUCGCGCAUCGCCCCCGAGGGGAAAUCCUUCCGGGUGAACUUCUUCGAACCCAGCCGCGCGAGCAACCCAAAGGUGUCCUCGCUCCACAUCAAUGUGAUAAUACUGUAUUUUAUCUUUACCCAGAAGAACAAGAACAACGAAAAGAGCAAACUGUACGACGGCUGCCUAAAAAUGAGCGUGGACGACUACUACAGCGUUGCCAACAAGCUGCUCCACAUUUUAUACACCAGGGAGGAGCAAAAUGCCUACUACGAGAGGUACCUGAAAUACCUGUGCCUGAAAAUUUUAAAAAAAAUUUACUGCCUCUUUUCGAUUAAAGAGGCGGACAUGUACCUAACGCACAUAAAAGGGAACAGCACAGAGGAAACAAUUUUUGAAGAUAAAAAACUGAAAAAUGUAAACCGUUAUAAGGAGGAGCUCAUUGGUUUAUUUAAGCUAUUAUCAAAUUAUGAAAUUAAAAAUUAUUUUGAAAAAAAAAAUGGACAUAAAACAUCAGAGGCGCACAAAUUUUUCUUUUUAAAAAAUCUAACCAGUAACGAUCACGUGUUGAAGAGUGACAAUCUGUGCUUCCUCAUCAGCUGCCUACUUUUUCUCUUCAACCUGAAAUACGAUAAGACGACUUUCUACAAAAUUGUGUACAUCAUUUUGGUAGAAAAGAAUGAAAACAAAAAUUAUAUUUUAAAAAAAGUCAUCUCAUCUGUUAAGAAAUUCAUCAAAAUGGCAGAUACGUACAAUUGCGUGCAUAGGGAAAAUAAAAAAAAAAAAAUAAGACUACCAGUCGAUAUAACAAACCAUUCUGUGCUCUUGUAUACCGUCCGAACGAGCAUUAUUCUGCUGCUUCUAAUGGACAGUAACAGUGUUAACAAGCCAGCAAUGGUCCAAGAGAAUUAUAUCACCUACCCAAACUUUCGAAGCUACUAUAUAAAAAAAAAAAACAUUAAAAAUUACUACACUCAGUUAAACUUUUUACUCUUUAGAAUCUUCUACAGUGAAAAAAUUUUGCCAUAUUUCUUCAAAAUAUUUUUUAGCACCCUAUACGUUAUAUCUUUUAGAAAGGUGAACCAAAAUAAUUUUUACUUUUUCGAGAAAAUGUUCAAUCUGAAGGAUGCUAUGGAAGUUAGUCCGACGGGGGGUGAGCCAAAACAAGGAGACCCCGCAGCUACGGGGGAGAACCUGCUCAAUGGAAGCGAAGACAAAUCUGUGAAGCUGCUGGAUGAGAGUAGCAUUCAACUGAGUGAAAAGUCGAAGGGGCUAUCGUCUAGCCAGACAAACGGAGAAAAUGAGCACGUAGCCAAAAAAGACAAGAAGGUGGGGAAAAAACACAUGGGAGGGGAACAAAAUAGGGGCAGUAGGGUAAAACCAACGAGGCGCAGUGCAGGGGUGAAGAGAAAACUCCUGAAGGGGGAGAAAAAUUCGGACGAAGUUUCGGAGGAAGGCUCGGGGGAAGGGUCAGGGGAAGACUGGGAGAAAGACUCGGGGGGAGACUCCGCGGACGACUCGGAGGAAGACCCACAGGGGAGAAGCACCGCUUCCGAAGAAAUGAAGAAAAAUUACCGGGUAAUUUUGCGAAGCCGUAAUGGAAAAACGACCAUGCUGAGGAAUAAGCAGGACGAAAAAACAAACCACGUGGGUAACACGUCAGAUAAAAAGUACAUCAAAAUUGAAGACAGCACGAGUAGCAACUCAACGUCCGACUCAGAUGUAUCGUUCAAAAUAGAAACAAAGAAGAAGAACACUCGAAAAAAUUUGGACACAAAUAAUACUGCUCCCAGUGGGAAAAGAAGGAAGGUGCCCUCCAACAGCUCGGAAAAUGCAACAACUGAGGGGAAGAAACGCACACAGAAAGGGACUUCCCCGCAGGAGAAGGUGCAAAAACGGUCAUUUAGCAAGCGGGAAGAGGUUAAAGCGGAUGUAUUAGACACAACAGAUGCAUUGAACGUGGUGGAAGUACACUGCGAGGGAGAUACAGGAGGAAGUCCAAAAGCGGGCGCAUCAACCGGUGCUGCAACAGGGGGGGGAAGCGACUCCACGGAAAAUUUUCUAUUCAACGGAGCGCUGUCCUUAAAAAUUCUAAACCAUUUCAUAUUUCUCUGCAAAGGAUUCCAUGAGGACUUGGAGAUAAAAAUAUACAACGGGGUAGUAGCAUGUUUGAAGGAAAACGAAAACGACAAGGAAAAAUUGAAAAAUAUUUUAAGUCUUCAAUUCAGUGAGGACGAAAAAAGCUCCACAAAGUAUAAGAAGAAAUUACAGCUGCUGAGAGUUAUUCAAACGAAAAUUAUCUUCCUCAGUUAUAUAAAAGAUAAUUUAAAAAAAAGGAAAUCGCUCAUAUCCCGAAUGAGUGAAUUAAACUUAAAUAUUUUUAAAAACAAACCCAUGUUUAGCAUUGAGUUGGAUUUCGUCUGA